AUGAUGCUCACUAAAAUGAAAUUAAAGGAAAGGGUCAUGAUAAGUAUAAGCAUGAUAUUUGUCAUGCUGACCCUUAUCCUAGUUGUUGAUUUACAAACGGAUAUGGGUAUAACCCGUCAACAUUUUUUACCGAGUCACGCGAUAAUUAAAUAUAAUACGUCCGCGGAUGGACCCGGUGGUGCUUAUAACGCAUUUCAAAGAAGAUUUUUAUUAAAAGGCAACGUUUCGAAAGAAAGUGGUGGUGGCGGUUCCGUUUUAGUGCAAGGUGGAAGCGGUGGUAGCGGUGCAUCCCAACAACAACAACAAGAAAUUGUUGGUAAUGGUGGUAGUAAAGCAUCGAAAUAUUCAUCGUCGUCGACGGCGGGGAAAGAAGAACAACAACCGCCACACGAUGAUUUUAAACAAUUAUACGAAUACGUAUUUGCAACAAAACCUGGAAGAAAAUUUAUAAGGAACGGUGUUGUCAAAUUGGUUAAUAACGACGAUUGGCCGAAUAAUCCGACGAUACAAGAACUUCUUGGAAUACAAUACAGGUAA